AUGGCUGCACCCAACGUUCGUAGUAGCAGCUUCUCUCGCAACAUAUCGGUUGUGUCAUCGCCUCAAGUACCUGGUCUCAAAUGCGGUCCUAAUGGCACAACCUUUAUAUCAACCGGGAUUCGUGAUCUUGACAGAAUACUAGGUGGUGGGUAUACUUUGGGGAGCUUAGUAAUGGUGAUGGAAGAUCCUGAAGCACCGCAUCAUAUGGAUUUGUUAAGAACUUUCAUGUCUCAGGGGCUUGUAAACAAUCAACCACUUCUUUAUGCUAGUCCUUCGAAAGAUCCGAGAGGGUUUCUUGGUACUUUGCCACAUCCUGCAUCAUCCAAAGAGGAUAAGCCUACUACGCCCGACCUUGAUCAGGGAGAGAAUUUGAGGAUUGCUUGGCAAUACCGGAAGUAUAUGGAAAACCAGAAGAACUCUAUUGAUGAUUACUCCAAUGACUUUGAUAUGAGAAAACCCUUGGAGAGGCAAUUUCUUAGUGGACGGCCGAUAGAUUGUGUCAGUCUGUUAGAUUCUUCAGAUCUUUCCGUUGCGCAAGAACACUGCACUACUUUUCUAUCAAAAUUUCCGAGAGACAGCAGUAACAUUGCAUCCAUUGGCCGCAUCGCAAUCCAGUCAUUCUGCUCUCCCCUGUGUGAGUAUUCUGAAAAGGAAUCAGACAUGCUUUCGUUCAUAAGAUUGCUGAAAAGUAUGCUGAUGGUUUCAAAUGCGGUAGCCAUUGUUACUUUCCCGCCGUCUCUGCUCUCCCCGUCUUCCUCAAAAAGACUGCAGCACAUGGCUGAUACCUUACUCUCUAUUAAAGCGAUCCCGGAUGGUGACAAGGAAUUGGAGAAACUCCUCACUGGCUACAAGGACAUUAAUGGAUUCCUCAACAUACACAAGGUUGCGCGUAUCAACACACAGGUGCCUGUAAUUCUUGAGGCAAAGACCUUCUCAAUGAGCUUGAAGAAGAGAAGAUUCUUGGCUCUAGAGUGUCUGAAUCAAGCCCCUGUAGAUGGGUCCAGUGGAACAUCUUAUGGCACAUCCGGGAGCUGCGGCGGAUCAUCCAAAUCCGGAGCACUCGAUUUUUGA